GUGAUACGGGAACGUGCCUCUAUGAAAAUUUGUAGAUCUGUUCUUUUCAGCUGAACUCGCACGUUCAUUCUCUCCAUGUUGAAAAGAAAAGCUGAACUGCACGAAGUUCAGCUGAAAAGAACAGACUUUUUGUUUUUUAACUGUUCCAUGUUGCACUUCUUGCACUUGAAAUGAAAUGGAUAUAAGAUCAGAGAUUAGAGAAAAGGAAAAAAAUGAGAAAAAAAAUGAGAUAAAAUGAGAUAAAAGAUUACUACUCUAUCGGAUAUAAAUAUCUCAUGUAAUCGAAUUGUUCAAAACCACGUCAAGCUACGCCUGAUUUUCUGAAGAAGAUGAGUGCAAAUCGAAAGAUAUUUUAACGUGAGACAUUCCACUACGUCUCGCUGUUGCAUUGUCGAAAAUAAUGAUCAGUUUCGGAGAAUUGUUGAAUAUCAAUAUGAAGAAGUUUUCUUGACAAUAAAGUAAAACUUUUUUUUAUUAAAUAGUAACUUUAUGGAUUCUCUUCUGUAAAGGAAUUAAGAACAUUCUAUCUGUUUAGCUAUAUAUAUAUAUAUAUAAAUGUACUUACAUAGGAUACUUUAACCGGUAAAUCCCCGAUAAAAAUAAUGUGAUGAUUUUGUGCAUGAAUUGGAUAUUUCACCAGUCAAAGUGACAUUAUAUUGCAGAUUUAUGUGAAAUAUUGGUACAUAGAAGCUUAGAACUGCCUGAAAUGUUGCAUGUUAAAUGAAUGUUUAGCACAUGAAUCUUAUCUCAGAUUCCAAUGUAUUUACUAAAUAUCUUUUGAUAAUUAUAGAAAUCGCAUGAUAACGAGAAUAAUACAGAAGUAAAUAUUGAUGAACAACUGAAGAAAUUGACAUAUACCUAUAAUGGAAAUAAAGACAUUUAUCUUUUUUGACUUAGAGACAACUGGUCUCAUAAAGGAAAAAAUUAUGCCGAGAAUAACGGAAAUUGCUUUAGUUGCUGUUUCAAGAGAAUCGAUAUUUAAUUGCAACAAAAAUUCCAUACCAAGGCUCUUAAGUAAACUAGUGCUUCCAGUUAAUCCACAGACAAUGAUACCACCAAUUGUGGAAGAUAUGACAAAGUUAUAUAACGAUGACAUGCAGCUAGUACAGCCAUUUGAAAUUGAAGUUUAUGAAUUAAUAAUUAGUUUUUUGCAACGUUUCUCGCCACCAAUUUGUUUCGUAGCACAUAAUGGUAACAAGUUUGAUUAUCCAAUUUUCUUGGCAGAACUUGCAUGUAUUAAUAAGGACCAAAAAUACAGGACUUGUUAAACGAUGAAUAUAAUGAUUCGCUCUCCAUGUUGGAUAUAGACAUGAUGAUCAAAGAGGGAAAUGUUGAAGUUAUCAAUGUACC